AUGUUUAACAGCAUCCCUGAUGUCUACACACCAGAUGCCAAUGACACCCUCCAGAUCAUGAUACCAAAAAUGUCUCCAGACAUUACCCAUGUCCCCGGGAAGCAAAACCACUCCCAGACAGCUGUGUCUUCCUGUGCAGUGCCAGCUGCAAUCCUGAGACAGGAUGGUGAAGGUCACAGUAAGGGGAUUUGGCCAUAUUGGGUGCCUAGUCACUGUGGCAAAGUGGAUACUGUCGCCAUCAAUGACCCCUUCAUUGAUCUGUACUACAUGGUCUACAUGUUACAGUAUGAUUCUAUUCAUGGCAAGUUCAAAGGCAUAGUCAAGGCUGAGAACAGGAAGCUUGUCCUUAAUGGAAAGUCCAUCUCCAUCUUCCAGGAGCGAGAUCCCGCCAACAUCAAAUGGGCUGAUGCUGGUGCUGAGUAUGUGGUGGAGUCCACCGGUGUCUUCACUACCAUGGAGAAGGCUGGGGCUCACUUGAAGGGCGGAGCCAAGAGGGUCAUCGUCUCUGCCCCUUCUGCGGAGGCCCCCAUGUUUGUGAUGGGGGUGAACCAUGACAAGUAUGACAACUCCCCCUCCUGCACCACCAACUUCUUGGGCCCCCUGGCCAAGGUCAUUCAUGGCAACUUUAGCAUCAUGGACUCAUGA